AUGGAGCAGGAUACCACCGCCUACCUACUCAACGGACGUGGUUGUGGCAAAGUGGAACAGAAGGCCAUACCAUAUCAGCCAAGAAUAGUCGGUGGGAUAAACGCUAAAAGAGAACGACACCCGUGGCUUGUCAAUCUACAGGCCUAUUUUGUUGCUAACAAGACACGUUCGACAGCGAUUCCAUGCAGUGGUACACUGAUAACUCGCCGAUUCGUGUUAACGGCGGCGCGCUGUGUUCUCCGAAGCCUGGAUCAAGGAAAAGGAGUAUUGGCUAGCAUCGUGGAAGUGUACUACAGCGAUGCAGAGAGAAGAAAAGGUAAUUUCCGCCGGGCACGUGAUAUAAUCAUACAUCCGGGCUUCAAUCCACUCACGAGACUGCACAACGUUGCUCUCCUCCGGCUCUUUAAGACUAUUAACAGGACCAAGCUUGCCCGCCCUAAUAUGCCUCAUGGAAAAACGAGAGAAUCUUGUGUACAAAAACGCAAGUGUGCUGGGAUGGGGAUGGAUAAUGCAGAAUAUUGUACUACGCUACGCCACUGUGAAGAUCGUGCCAUUUUGGAGGUGCAAACAAAAACUGAAUGUUAUCAAAAAACGCAAGGCUCUUACCAAAAAGACAUUGAUGUGCACUGCGGGUGUCAAGAGAGGACCAUGCAAGGGUGACGGCGGGGGACCGGUUGAAAUAUUGAAGGGCAACAAGGCGUAUCAAGUGGGCAUCAUAUCCUUCCCGAAAAGCUGUGACGCCAGCAGGGAUAUACCGAGUGCGCACGAACGAGUAGACUACUACUUCGAGUGGAUAAAAACCGUGAUAGCGUACUACCACAAAUGGACCUGGCACCCGCCUGAUCCCGCCCCUGCUGAAGCCGCAUGAUCAUUAGCGCCCCGGUGCGGUAAUGCGACGAAGUGUAAUCGAAAAAAAAAAAUGUGGUGCCUAAAGACAUCAGUAAAAUAAAACGUCCAACCGCGAGUAACAAUAAAGUAUCUAUUCG